ACCCCCGCAAGCACAACUAGGUGCUUGCGGGUGUUGUACGGUACAACUAAGUACAACUAGGUACCUGGUGUGAGGGCGCCGGGUGUGACGAGGCCAUGGCUGACGAUGUCCUUGGUGAGCGCGGGCAGCUAAGGUUUCUCCUGGUGGUGGUGGCGGCCGCGCUGACCGGUGUGCUAGGCUUCAACCUACCCUUCAAGGAAUAUGUAGGAUACUACAUAGAAGGAAACGUCUUGAUGACGCUGAAGAGAGCGUCGCUUAUACAGUGUGCGAACGCGUGUCUCAACAACCAGCCACAGUGUCGAGCCUUCAACGUGAUCUACUCUGGCACCGUCAGGCCCAGCAGGGAGUACACCUGCGAGGUCCUCUCCUCCUACAACAACCUGCACAUCUUAGCCUACAAGACGCUCUACUAUAAACCCGACAUGUACCAGGACCUGGGAUACAACAGGAGCCUUGAUCGACUGGUCUAUUACGUGCCUCCAGUGAAAAGUUUGCCAUGGUCUAUUGCCCAAUGGAAGUGCAAGAACUUAUGGGGGGAGUUACUGGUGCCCCGGACGGAAGCAGAGUAUGAGUGGAUGAAGGGCGUCUACAUCAACAUGGCCUAUGAGGCUAUGUGGCUGCCCAUCUUAGAAUUAGGUGAACGGGAUACCAAUGACUCACACUAUGUCUGGACGGGUUGGAACUUGAACAGCACCGCAGCCCCGGGGUCGCUGCAGAUGAACUGGACGGACGACAACGUCACGGUAAUGUGCCCUGGUUACGACGGUACGACGUUCACUUGCGACACCGUCGACUGUGCGCUCUUCACCUCCUCCACCGCCGGAUCAAAUGACUUUCAUAUUGUUAUUCAGGAGUGUUUCAACGCCUCGUUUUACGAUACUCAGAAAAUAGGUUACAUCUGCGAGGCCGCCAUUCCCGAUCCUGCCACCUAUCCCUGGCUCAACCCUCCGACCUAUCCAUGGAACCAUCCUGAGCUGUGAUGCCUCCUGUUAUUGUUCAGGUCUAUCUUCAUUUGUUAAGACGCCAGUUAGGCUCAGUUUUUUUAUUAUUAUUUUCUACCACAAACGUGGCCACACAUUUACAAUGCUAACCAGCAUAUAUACAUUUUCUUCUGUCCUCCAUAGACAGGGUUAGAGAUCAGUUAAACAUAUAGUUCAGGGA